AUGUACAUUUGUCAACCAGCUCAUUUCUUGGACUACACGCUAUGUAACUCGUCGCACAAGGCGCUGUUGAUCGUCACCGAUCCGCGAUUCGAUCUGCUGUGCACGAGGAUCGUGAAGUACUACUCGUUGAGGAGGUUUGCGGCGGAGACUGGGAAGUCGUUGGAUGAAUGGGGAGCUGCUCACGAUGGGUCUACGUUCCAUUACUCUUCUGGGUUGCAGGCGGUGAUGCUAGCUGCUGGGAUAUGCGAUAAGGUUGAUGUUUUUGGGUUUGGGAAAUCAAUCUCCGCGAAGCAUCAUUACCAUACGAAUCAGAAGGCUGAGCUCAAGCUACAUGAUUAUGGCGCGGAGUACGAUUUGUAUCAUGAUUUGGUGCAUAAUCCCAAGUCGAUACCUUUCAUUUCCGGCAAGUUCAUGUUCCCUCCUGUGACGAUCCAUUAUUAG